GCCGCCGCGCCCGCCCUUGCUAGCAGGCUCCUCCCGCCCCCCGCAUUGCUGAUGCUGCUGCUGGCCGACAUGGACGUGGUGAAUCAGCUGGUGGCCGGGGGUCAGUUCCGAGUGGUCAAGGAGCCCCUUGGCUUCGUGAAGGUGCUGCAAUGGGUCUUCGCCAUCUUCGCCUUUGCCACAUGCGGCAGUUACAGUGGGGAGCUCCAGCUGAGCGUGAUUUGUGCCAACAAGACCCACAGUAACCUCAGCAUCAAGGUCGAAUUCGAGUACCCCUUCAGGCUGCACCAAGUGUACUUUGAUGCACCCGACUGCAGAGGGGGCACUUCCAAAGUCUUCCUACUGGGGGACUACUCCUCAUCGGCGGAAUUCUUUGUCACUGUGGCGGUGUUUGCCUUCCUCUACUCCAUGGGGGCUCUGGCCACCUACAUCUUUCUGCAGAACAAGUACCGAGAGAACAACAAAGGGCCCAUGCUGGACUUCCUGGCCACGGCAGUGUUUGCCUUCAUGUGGCUGGUUAGCUCAUCGGCAUGGGCUAAGGGGCUGUCAGAUGUGAAGAUGGCCACAGACCCAGAGACCAUUAUCAAGGGGAUACCUAGCUGCCACCAGAAGGAGAAUACAUGCAAGGAGAUAAGAGACCCUGUGACCUCUGGCCUCAAUACCUCGGUGGUGUUUGGCUUCCUGAACCUGGUGCUCUGGGUCGGCAACCUGUGGUUCGUGUUCAAGGAGACAGGGUGGGCCGCCCCAUUCAUGCGCGCGCCUCCCGGAGCCCCCGAGAAACAACCGGCGCCCGGGGACGCCUACGGCGAGGCAGGCUACGGGCAGGGCCCCGGCGGGUACGGGCCUCAGGACUCCUACGGGCCCCAGGGCGGCUACCAGCCCGACUACGGGCAGCCAGCCGGCGGCGGUGGCGGUGGCUACGGCCCUCAGGGCGACUACGGGCAGCAAGGCUAUGGCCCUCAGGGUGCGCCCACCUCCUUCUCCAAUCAGAUGUAGUCUGGUCAGUGCAGCCCGGGAGGACCCCAUGGGUGGGCAAGAGCUCAGGAGAAGGCCUGCCCCCCUUCCUACCCCUACAUCCCAGGUCUCCACCCCUCAAGCCAGGAGACCCUUAACUGUCUUUGAUAUAUAUAUAUAUAUAUAUAUAUAUAUAUAUAAAAUAUAGAUAUCUAUUUGUCUGUCUGAGCCCUGCCCCCACUCCACUCCCCUAAUGCAUUAAGACCCCAAUCUUAAGUGGGCUCCUCUCUUACUCCUAGCCCUUCCCCUGCAUCCCUUGGCCCCUCUCUGUUCCUUGGCCCUGUGCCCUGAGGUUGGGGAGGACUCUGAAAGGGGGACAGGGAGGAGACAGACCUAGGUUGUGUGGGGUGGGUGGGCGUGACUUCAGACUCUCUGACUUCUCUCCUUCCCUUUCUCCCAACAUUGGCCUUGAUUCCUCCAGCAAUGCUUGAACAGGGUCCAUUACAGAAAAUAUAACCCUGAGAAAGGCAGAGAUUGGGGGGCUUGGGACCCAAGGUGGUCUUGGAGAGGAACUCUGGGGUGAAGGGGACUAGUAAGCAGGUGGGUUGGGUUCCAGACAUACUGGAAGUGGAGAGGGGUGCCCUAGAGCAUUCUGGAGUGGAGCUUGGAAGGAGGCUGAGGACAUGGUUCUAGAAAGGGCAGAUCUUUGAAUGAGGCAGUGGGUGGGUCCCAGAGUGGCAAGGCUUGGAGUAGGACUUGGUUCUAUGGAAGGGGUGCGACUUGGGGGCUUGGGGACAGGGUUUGGGAGAACGCUGAGAGUCCUAGAAGGGGUGGGGCUUGAACCGGGCAGUGGGUAAGUCUCCAGGGUGGCGGGUCUUGGACUGGGACCUGAGUCCGUGGAAGGGGUGUGGCUUGGAACAUUCAGGCGACUGAGCUGGAUUCUAAGAGGGACAGGAAAGAAGGGGGAUUCAGGAAUGGGCCGAGCAUGGGUGAGGGUGUGGUCAGGAUUCUAGAGGGAGUGGGGCUUAGAGUGGCGUGUGCUUGAUGGUUUCAGAAGGGACAGUGAAAUGGGGCAGUGAAGAAAAUGUUCUAAAAUGGGCAGGUUUGGCAGUGGCUAGGGCCUGCUGGAUGGGUUUUUUUAGGGGUAGAGGGAAAUAUUCCUGGCCAAGGCUGGGGACUGAGGAGUCCUGGGGAGAGUGGAGAGGUAUGGCUUGGAGGGUAAGGGGUGGGAUCCAGAGAGAAGUACCCACACACCCUUGCCCACCCCUAUGACGUGACAGCUAGGUAAUCAGAGGACGGAGCCAACGGGUCUGUGGGGCCAGCCUACUCCUCUCCCCCUUUUCUCCUGACUCCUCCUCCCUCCCUCCCUCUACACCCCCACCGUCCUGGGGUGGUUGGAGGCUUGGUCUGGACCCCCUAUUCUACACCUUCUGCUGUGUCUGUGACGUCAGUAGUGCCUGUGACCGUGUGUUGCCAUUUUGUCUGGCUGUGGCCCCUCCCUCUCCCCUCCAGAACCCCACUCUUUCCCUUGCCCUUCGGUAUUGAUUGAAGACUCCCUCCCCGAGGAAGAACAACUAUGAUUAAAUCUCCUCCCUUAAAUAAACUCCUCAACCACCUAGUCCAUCCGG